GUGCGCAUGCUCCUGGGAGACUCCGCAGCACCGUCGAAUGCGCCUGCGCGGCUUUGGUGGCGGGCGCCGCUGGUGCGCAGGCGUGAGGUCGAGGUCCGGCGGGCUGCUGCCGAGAGCGGGAGCGGGAGCGGAGACCACGGAGCUGAAAAAUGUCUUAUUACUCCAGAAGCUCCAGAGCUUCAGACUGCAAGGUCUAUGUUGGUGAUUUGGGAACGGGAGCUGCCAAAGGGGAGCUGGAACGUGCUUUCAGCUACUAUGGCCCCCUCAGGAAUGUGUGGGUAGCGCGCAACCCUCCGGGUUUCGCUUUUGUAGAGUUUGAGGACCCCAGGGACGCUGAAGAUGCCGUGCGUGGGAUGGAUGGCAAGGUUCUUUGCGGGUCAAGGGUACGGGUCGAGCUCUCAAACGGGAUGUCGCGCAAAUCUCGCUUUGGCCGCCCCCCUGCACGGCGCCAGUUUGACCCCAACGACCGUUGCUACCAGUGCGGUGAGCGUGGCCACUAUGCCUACGAUUGCUACCGUUACAGCAAGAGGAGGCGUGGCAUCAGUCGGUCUCGGUCUAGGUCUCGUUCCCGUUCACGGUCCAGGUCGAGAGGCCGCCGUUACACCAGGUCCCGGAGCCACAGCCGAGAUCGCCGAACUCGCUCCCGUUCGCCUUCGUACUCUAAGAAGAGAAGUCGAUCUCUCACGCCAAUGAGGUCAAAGUCCAGAUCUCCAGUCAGGAGGAGCCCAUCAAGAUCAAGGUCUCGAUCAAGAUCUCUUUCUAUGAAACGAGAAAGUCGCUCCCCAUCAGAAAGUUCUCGGAAGAGUCCAACCCCCGCGAGAGAUGAUUGAAACAGAACGUUGUGAAGAGUGCGGCACUGUGGACCUCAUCGCCUGACAACCUUUUAACUAAUCUAGAUGUUUUAGUGCCUUUUUAUAUGCAUGCAUUCCACGGAGAAAUGUCACUGCUCUUCAUUUGGUCAAUGUAAACGUUAUAAUUCAAUGUUGUGAAAUAAACUGUACAGCUUGUACGAGGAGCAGCGUUAUCAGCUGUCAGGGGGUACAGUAAACAGCUCGCAUUUCUUUGUAUUAAAUUUUACAUCUUUAUCACAGUAA